AUGAAACUCUUCACAGCGAUGCGGCCUUUGCCGCGAUUGCCCUACCAUACGUCCCUGGCAGAGCAACAGUCCGUGAGGCUUUGGGGGACGCAGUACGUGAGGCACUUUGGCAUGAUGCAGGUGGUGCGGCGGGUGCAGGACGGGGUCGGCGUCGCCAUUGGCUUCUGCGACACUGUGACGGGGCGCCCGCUGUCAACGAUCCUGCCAAAAGAGCUUGCGCCGGUACUGCAGACCGUGACUGGACAGGGCUCUUCUACAUAUACACAGAGCCGCGGCUUCCGACCCUCAGCGCCCCAACCCGCUCCCUGGCACGUGUCGCCGCCGACGCCGCCAACCACCGACCUCAAGGCACCAAACCCUCCGCCCGAGCAGCUGCGCGCAGUCAUGCGUCUUCUCUCGCAGUCCGUCGUCGUAUGCACAGCAGCCGGGCACGACAGCAUGCCCCGCGCGAUGACCAUGUCGUCCUUUACGUCCCUGACUCUCAAGCCCACGCCAGUCAUCACUUUCAACGUGGCGACGCCGAGCCGCACGCUCGACGCGAUCGCAGCCAGUCGCGGCUUCAACAUACACAUACUAUCCGGCGACGCGAGCGGCGCGGCGGUGGCGGACCACUUCACGCGGGGAAACGUGGGCGACGACCUCUUUGCGGGCUUGGACGGCGUAGUGGUGGAGCAGAGCGCAGCUGCCGUGCCGCCGUUGUUGCGGGGGAAGGGUGUAGUACAUGUGCUUCGCUGCCGUCUCCUCGAUGACGAGCCGUCAAGGGGCUUCGUCAAGGUGCGGGAUCAUAUGAUUGUUGUGGCGGAGGUGGUAGAGAUGAUCUCGGGCGUUGAGAGCAAGGAGUUUGGUCUGGCGUACGCGGACCGCAAAUACCGACAGGUAGGCGGUGUUAUUUCCAAUGAUUAG